ACCAGUGUGUACAACACUCUCCAGGCAGCGGUAGAAAGCAUCCUUGGACUAUUCCCAGUCAUCUCGCGUUGCCAUAGGAAUACCAUCUGCCUUGAGCUGUCACAGCUGGCAGGAUAGCCAUUUCUAGGGAAAAACUAACACAUUCUAGACAGCUGGGUUCAUUUAUCUACAUUCGAGCUGCUGCCUGCCUGCUACGAUUAGUGCCGAUAGCCUUACUAGAUUCCGCGUGUUAGUUGUGCUAGCUCUCUGCAGCAUUAGUGAACUCGUAAUUAAAGCAUCGAAAAGGUGUGAACCUAAUAGAAAAAGGAUUACAUAGCAGCUAUCGACACACCUCCAUCUCGCUUUGGAUUAGUGAAAAACACCUUUCGGAAAAUUACCUCAGAAGAUGGUCCGUAGGAUGGGAAAAGUGGAAAAAUUUCAUUGCGGCCUACUACGUUAAGCAUUCGCAGAUCCUUAAAAGUGUACGAACUGAGCCCUAACUUCAAGGCUAUCUUUAUGGUUCAAUCAUCGCUGCAACCCAAGGAUGCGUGAUGUUUUUCGUUCUUUUCUCGUGGUGAUGUUUCUCGCCUACUAGGAGGAUUAUUGUUAAGGUGGAAAAAUAGAAGAAAAGACGCAGGCAGAAAAAUGUCUCCACCGAUCCGGCAUUCAAUUUUAAUAUGAUGAUGCUGGCUAUAGGACGACGAAGGCGUCGAUGAGCGAUACUUCCGGACCCGGGCAAAAAAUAUUUUGGAACAGAUCUUUACGCUUUCCUGUUUUUCUUUCGUGCGUACGACAUCUUAACGUUCUGCGUGUGGACGAUUAUUCGUAGAAUAGGAGCAAAGUUAAUAAGACUAAACAGUGAUGUGUGUGAGAAGCGACUUCAAACGUUCGUUGGGUCGUUCGUCGGUGCGUUUAAUGGGAAUGCUUCAAAGGAAUUGAAAGUUCGUGAUUUAACCAGAACUUCAGCCUCAAACAAGUCGAGUCGAGUUGAUGAUGCCGAUAAUGGUUAUUAUUAUGAAGACGAUAAAAAAGGACAUUGGCCAGCAGUGGAACACCAGCAGCAACUGGGAACGGAGUGAAUGAACAUCUUUAAAAGUUUUUUUGUUUUCCCACCACGCACUCCAACCUCCGCUCGAAGUCCAACGACGAAAUACAACUACCUUCAUACAUACAUUGCCGAGAAAAUGGGCAAAAUAAGAGGAAAUUCUGCUCCGGGACCAUCAUGCCAACUUCGAGCAGCGGCAAAAACAAUAACUUAGAUUCAACACCCACGCACGUGAGGAUCCGGAUCCGAUGAAAUAAGUAAGCCCCGAGAGCAUUUUACUUGAUGGUGGCCAGGCCACUUAGUAGGUGCCCACUAUACACUUGGUGGAAGCGAGAUUUUACCCCGAAAGUCCCACGCACAAACUUUUUUUUUAUUGUUUGUGCUUCUCUCUCAAGCGAAUCUCGAACAUCGUCGUCAAUAUUUCCGUCACGUGAGGCGAGGUCCUUGCUUGCCAACUCCUUGGAGGCCAGCCUGCCUUGGAGGUAAGCUGACAGUCCCGCAGGGAGGGCAAAAGAAAAACCAAACCCACCCACCCACAAAACGGAGGAGGAGGACAUUCCUUUGCUUGGUGCCCCUGUUAGUGACAGCUCUUAUUAUUGACAUUAGUAUUAUUACUAUUAUCAUCUUCAUAAGACUCGGAAUCCCAUCAGAAACAGCCAGUACCAUGGGCAGCUUACCGAAUCUGAGCGAGCUUUCAACGGAACGCCUCGAGCGUCGCCUAGAGGAAAGGGAACGAAUUUUGGCCCGGGAGCGUAUCAUCGAGCGGGAUUUUGCCCGCGACAGCCGGGAACGACCGGUCUUCGUCCAUCAGCAACAGAUUGCCGCAGCCCGGGCGUUUUUCCAGCAAAAAUGUCCCCCAUCAUCACGGAAGGUGAUGCGAACGCGGAGUUCUGGUCAAGCGCACCACAUUUGGGACGAUCCUAUGAUAGAGCAAUACAUCACCAACUAUUCACCUGCCUCAUCGCGGAGUCAUCGCCUAGCGGUGGCACCCCCACUAGCCGCCGUUGGAGGAUAUCCCUUCCAGAGUUCCACUUUGGGUUACCGUCGACGUGAUUCAGUAAACAGUUCCAUUGGGGCAACCUCGGUGCGUCGAUUGCUCACGGUCAACAACCGGAGCUACGGAUGCCGACAUAAGAUUCCGACCCACGUGCGGACCAAAGUGACCAAAAACUUCAUCCUGCUAACCGUGGCUCAUGGGUUGAUGUGUGGAGCACUGAUUCCGCUAAUGGGCUUGCAAGGGUCAAACUCGACCUGGUUCCAGCAGGAAUCUUGGCUAGCGAUGGGACCGGAUGUGGGUUCGGGAUUGUUGAGUUUGUGCUGCCUAGUGACGGCCUUCAUGUGUUUGGCGACCACAAGGAUACUGCGAAGAUUCGGAUAUUCGAUUGUGUUGGCCGCAGUUUACGGGGGUCUGUGUGUGUUUUUGGCUACGCACAUCUAUCCGGUGCUCAUUUCGUUGAUUCCCGGCUAUUUGGUUCUAGGAUUAGUAUUGGGGCCUUCCGUGAUCUGUAAGCACAUUCUGGUGGUAUCAAUGGCGGGGAAGUUGAGCUGUUCUCAACCGGAGUGUGGGGGAAACAGUAUGGCAGGGGUUAGUGCCGAUAGUUAUGACGAUCAUAAAUUGCUGUGUAGCAAAGAAGAAAGUAUCAGGAAGUUGAGCCGUUGGUUCCGAGCGGCCGGAGAUUUCGGAAUAAUUAUGGGAACUGUGAUUGCAGCAUUUGUGUUAAGCUGUGGAUCUUCGUCCCGGCUGGGAUGUUACUACAUAUCGACGAUGUCAUCGGUGAAUGCUAGUGGAACAAUGAUCACCCAGAUAAACAGUAGUUUUCCAUCGGCCGGAAACGUAGGCUUCAAUCAAUUGCCGGAAGUCAGAACGACUACGACUUCCAGUCCGCAGGUUCCUAGCACAACAGUACGAAUGGAGAAAAUGACGGAAUUGCAAUCGUCAGCCAGGAUGAGUACACCGAGUAUGCCUACUCUCAAGACCUCUAUCUACAUUCCCGCGAACAAUGAAUGGAACUAA